AUGCAGAUGAGACUUCCUCCCAAGCUAGAGAGGAGAAAGCAAGACAACAACCGUAGAGAUCACGCACCAGAAUUCUACACGUGUUGGAUGACAAUCACAAACGCCCUUUCCACGAGUAUCAAUGACAGACCAGCUCAUGAGAAAUACGCCUUCAAAGAAGCUUUGAAGAAGAAGAAGAAGAAGAAGAAGAAGAAGAAGAAGAAGAAAGGGGACAAACUCUACCAUACAACACCAGCAAACCAGUGCUCGACCCCUACCCAACCCGCCAUUCAAACUCACGAACAAGGACGACAAAAGUUACCAAUACGAUAG